AUGGGACCCAACUGUCCGAUUUGCUCUAAGCCCGUCAAUGCAAACAAAAUCAACGAACACAUCGACUCUGGAUGCGAGGAUUUUGUUGAUUCCCCACAGAGCAGCCAGACUUUAGCCAUAGAUGGCGCAUCCCAGUCUCAAACCAGCCCAUCCAGUUCCAUACCCAGUUUCUUCCAGCCAACAAGCUCGAGGAAAGCGGCUGCUGCGCAAAAGUUGGCGGAACGGCCAAAUGGGGCAGCUCAUGCACAGCCGUCCAAGCCCGGCUCGGGCAAAAGACUCUUUUCCCAGGAGGAGCCUAGCACACCUACACCAAGUGCUAGUACCUUGCGGGCAGCUGUUUCACCGUUACCUCUUCACGAUAAUAAUAAUAAUGAACACUCAGCAAAGCGAGUCAAACCGUCCAAUGCAUUGCAAAAAUCAGCACCAUUGGCAGAACGAAUGCGGCCAAGGACACUUGACGAGGUGUGCGGCCAAGAGUUGGUUGGUGAGAAUGGGGUGUUGCGCGGUCUUAUCGAGCGAGACAGGGUUCCGAGUAUGAUACUUUGGGGCAGUGCAGGCACGGGGAAAACCACGGUUGCAAGAGUCAUUGCUUCCAUGGUAGGGAGUCGCUUUGUUGAAAUCAACAGUACGAGUUCUGGUGUGGCUGAGUGCAAGAAGUUAUUUGCAGAGGCAAAGAAUGAGCUCAGCCUGACCGGGCGGAAGACGAUCAUAUUCUGUGACGAGAUUCACCGGUUUUCGAAAUCGCAGCAAGACGUGUUUCUUGGGCCUGUUGAAAGCGGACAGGUAACACUGAUUGGAGCUACGACCGAAAACCCCUCCUUCAAGGUUCAGAAUGCGUUGCUAUCACGGUGUCGAACUUUUACCUUGGCGAAGCUUACGGAGGAGAAUAUCUGUGCCAUACUCAAUCGUGCAUUGAGAGUCGAGGGACCGAAUUACUCGCCGUCCGCACUGGUUGACGAUGAGCUAAUUAAAUACCUCGCUGCAUUUGCUGAUGGCGAUGCGCGAACCGCACUGAAUCUCUUGGAGCUAGCAAUGGACCUCUCUCAGAGAGAAGGCAUGACUAAAGACGAGCUGAAGAAAUCCCUUACACGGACAUUGGUUUAUGACCGAGCGGGCGACCAGCACUAUGAUACCAUCUCUGCCUUUCAUAAAUCAAUUCGUGGAAGCGACCCUGAUGCAUCCUUGUAUUAUUUAGCCCGGAUGAUUCAAUCAGGCGAAGACCCGUUGUACAUAGCCCGUCGCCUGAUUGUUGUUGCUUCCGAGGAUGUUGGCUUAGCAGACAACACCAUGAUAUCGCUAGCUACAGCGGCCUAUACUGCUGUUGAGAAGAUAGGUCUCCCAGAAGCGCGGAUUAACCUCGCUCAUGCUACCGUCGCCCUGGCUUUAGCUCCUAAAAGUACAAGGACUUAUAGAGGCCUAGCCAAUGCAAUGGCGAGCUUGGAAGAGCCAGGGAUAGCAGGUUUACCUAUCCCAAUACAUUUACGAAAUGCGCCCACAAGAUUGAUGAAGGAAAUUGGAUAUGGAAAAGAGUAUAAAUACAACCCCGACUACAAGGAUGGAAAAGUAGUGCAAGACUAUCUUCCUGACAAGUUAAUUGGAAGAACGUUCCUGGAGGACCUUGACCUUGGGACUAAGAUCGAUCCUUCCCUCGAACCGUGA